AUUUGAUCUAAUUUCAUGUCAUCUCGUUUUUUUCUGUUCUAAUGAUGAUUGGAUUUCUCAAAUAGUUGGCUGGACCGACCCUACAGUGUAUGGAGCAGUGCUGUGAUGGUCGGCAAUUGAAGAUGCGUGAAGACGCGGGCGAGCAGGAUUGAAGCAGCAUUCACCCCGAUGUCAGAUAUCUGAAGUUUCAGGUAAGCUUUUAUGGAAGCACCGCCGAAUAUCCUGAUGAACGUGGUGGGUGUGAUAUGGAGAAGGAGAAUGCCCCAGCCAGUGCAGAUAGAGAAAAAGACCGACCCACACCAAAUCUAUUGGAUGCAGCCAGCCUGUUUGGAACAUCGUACUGGCCACGACCUGACGGUAGUAAUGCUGGAGGUGCAAAUCCCCUCUUUGGUGGGUACCCGGCUGCUUACAGCGGACUAAUGGGUCGCGGUGCCGGGGGUGCCUACCCCUCCAACCCGUAUGGCACGACCCUGUCGGUGGCGGCGAGCCAGGCCGCGAACCUUGGUAUCAACCCAGCCUGGUGGAACAUGGCCUCCCAGAUCGCUGCCCAAGAUUACCUUGCAAGUCUACAGUUCGCUGGUCUUGCCUCCAACAUCAUACCCCCUUAUCCCAUGAUUGCAACGCCACCACAUCGGGGCAAAUCUAGCCAUUCUAAGUCUUCGUCAUCUUCUUCUACUCCUCCGACUAGUUCUGUUCCAGUCAGUAGCCAACCAGCAACUACUAGUUCAAGUGAUAGUAUUAUGGGUGUUAGGUUGCCUCCUGACACGGAAAUCAUCAAGUACACCUCUUCUAUCAUCGGCCCGAAGAUACCAGGGACGACAAAUAGGGGGAGGAAGAAGACCAUUUCCUUGGACAUGCCGAAUAUGCAUGGCUCGAAAGCUUCUAAGUCAUCAGGAAUGCUACCUAAGCCGUUUGUAGGCUUGGAUCUGAGCGGGAAAAGUAAAGAAAUUGCAUCAGUUGAGGACUCCCCAUACCGUUAUGGUCCCGAUAUAAGUGACAAAGCAGAAGUGAUCCGGCUCGGAGGGCAGACAAACGGACAAAGCUCUCCACAACCUGCCGACGAAGGCCCCCUCAAUCUCUCUUUGAAGCCCGUCCCUGAAAGAAAUAACCACAACAAUUCUGCUUUGCAGUCUCUUUCUGCUCUGUCCCAGACCCUUGGCCAGACUGACAGGAAUAGAAGAAAACCUGGACCUAAGCCAAGAAGGUUAGCUCCUUACCUUCCUUCAGAUUCCUCUCAUCCGUCGAGUGGCAGCGAAGAAAAUGAUACAACUCCGCACAAGGAUGGAAGGCCUCGAAAUUUAGGACGUGGUGUCUCUAAACCAAAGAAAAACACUGUGGCAUCACUCCUUGCCCAGAGUAGAGCCUUAGGUAUCAAACCAGGACUCGAGAUGGCCCAGCUCGCCGCGUUAGCCAAGUGUUCUGGCAUGUAUCCGAGUAGCAUGCAAGAUCCUCAAAGCUGGGGUUCUUCUCGCCUUCCCGGCUUCAAUUCUUCAGACAGUGCACUCGACAAAGACAAAGAAGAAAGUAAUCUUUCCAGUUCGCCAAAUUCAAUAUUUGAACAUCCCCAACCCUUAAUGACUAGUAAGAGUGAAGAUCAAAAGUCUUUUGGAACCGAUGGUAUCUCAGAAGAUAGUCGAUCUGAGAUAUCUGAGUCCAGUUCGGAGAGCGAUGGCGAAGAGAGGAAACGAGGUGACAGCAUAUCUUCUGCAGAUGGUGCUCCGCUCGGAAAGAGAAGGAAAAUCAUCGAUGAAGCCAAAUUAAGGGAAGCUUUACAAAAAGGAUGGAAAAGAGAAACUUUUAUUACCAGCGUCGGAAGAGGCGGAGUUAAAGGAGAAGUAGUUUAUACCUCACCUUGUGGUCGAAUGUUCAGGCAUCUUGGAGAUCUUGCAAGGUUUUUAGAAAAACAUGGUUCAGAACUGAAUCGAGACAAUUUUUCCUUUUCUUGUCGGAUUCUUCUCGGAGACUAUAUUGAAUCGGUCGAAGGGAAGGAGCCGAUGAGGCUAAGUGAGGAAACUCUGGCGGCGAAGCUACAAGAAAUGAUGGCCCAACACAGAGCUGCUUUGGACCAGAAUAAACUGGAAAGAGAUAGGUUAGCUUUGGCUGCUAAGGAGGCUAGGAGGUUAGCUAAGGAAGAGGCGGCGAGGCAGAAAGAACAAUUGCGUUUGAUAAAGGAGCAGGAAAGAACGGAAAGACAGGAAGCCGCUCGAAAGGAAAAGGAACAAAGAAGUCAGCAGUUGAUGGAGGCUCGCAAGAAAAAGCAGGAGGAAUUGGAGCGCCAAAGGUUAGAAGGUCAGCAGCGGAAGCAACAGGAGCGAGAGCUGAAACGACAGCAAGCGGCCAUCAUGAAGGAACAGGAACGAGAAAGGAGGAGGCAGCACAUGGGUCUCGUGAAGGCGUUGGAAGUUCGAAAGAGGUUGGAGGAGAGGGAGAAGAAGAGGUUGGAACAAAGAGCAGAGAAAUUGGCUACUCGAGAAAAACGAAUCGAACAAAGAAAAGUUGAGGUAGAGCUUCUCAGAGAGCUGAGGAGGCCUGUCGAAGAUAUGGAACUGAGUGAGAUCAAACCUCUUCCUGAUCUGGAAAGGAUUCCUGGUUUGAAACUGAGCGGCCAAGCGUUUGCUGAUGCUCUCAUGACUUUCGAGUUUCUGCAUAAUUUUGGUGAAACACUUGGUUUUGAUACGGAAUCAUUACCUACACUUAAUUCACUCCAAGAAGCUCUUCUGGGUGAGAGCGAAGAAGCUGAGGAAGAACUAUUGUCUGUGAUAACACAAUUAGUGAUAUGUGGUAUUGAGGAUCCCGGUAUCCCACACCCCGCGAGGCAUACGACCCUGCUAAGUCAUAGCCUAAGGCAGGCCGAUAUUUCUCAUAGCAAUCUUUCCGAGAUAUUGAGGAUAUACCUUUAUGCCAAUGCAACUGGUGAACUUAAAGCUACCACAGGUGUUCAUUUCGAAAGAGAACGUGAGAAACGUGUAACAGAACACCAUAAUAAUAUGGGUGAAAUACCAUUAGAUGAAACCCUUGGAAAGAAUUCUGCGUUCUUCAGUCUUUUAAAAGAAAAUAAUACUUAUAAAAUGUCGGAAUGGUUAAAAAAGCGCUCAUUCCUAUCGCUUAAUCCAACUAAAAAAGCUGCAAUUCUCGCAUUUUUGUGCCAUGAAUUACUUCAGAACAAAGCAGUCAUUCGGCAAAUUGAUUCUGCUAUUGAAACAGUAGCUCAGCUGAAGAGGGAGAGAUGGCCUAUUGAAGCAAACUUGAGGAAGUUGAAACAUCUUCAAGCGAGGAAAAAUAAGACAUUAGGAAUUACUGGUAUUGAAAAGCAGGAAGUCAACGAAGAUGAUGCAGAAGUCGAGAGCUGUAACGAAAGUGACAUAACACAGCCUGAAGAUGAGGAACUUUCUAGAAUACAAGUAGGAGAAAGUUUAGCCGUAGUUAGCAAGCAGGCAGAAGUCAAUACCAAAGCCCUGCUUGAUUAUGGCUCCAAGUUACGUGCUGUGUGCGUUGGUCAAGACAGGUAUUGCAGAAGGUACUGGUGCUUGAGCACUGGGAUCUAUGUAGAAGCUUUGGAAUCAGCCGAUCCUGAACUUUUUAAUAAACCUGAGGGAAAGAUAGAAGAAGUAGAGGAACCUGUUAAAAUGGAAAUGGAUACGAAUGAUGAUGAAGAUGAGGUUAAUGACCAUGAGGAAGAAAAAAUGGAUGACAGUGGAAUCUCGGUGAAAGAAGAAAUUAAUUCUAAAGAAGGCGAUAAUAAUAAAGAAAGAUCACCUGUUAAAGAGGAGGAUUCCAAAGAUUUUGAAAGUCCCGAGAAAGCACCCAGUCAUAAAUCACUUCAGUUUGAAAGGUUGGGAGAAUGCAUGGAAAAGGAGUCGAACGCCAUGAAUGGCUGUAUAUCACACGUGAAUAACACCAGCAGCCAGGAAGAUGUGCAGUGGUUCAGCAUUCUGCCCAAGGAACCCUGUGACUCGACCAGCUUGACCUCUUCUCAACCUGGAUUCAGAUGUUGGUCUGAAACCGGAGAACUGCGAAUCCCUGUGCCCCAGGGUCAAUAUUCUUCACCAUGUCCUUCGCCAUUGCCUCUUCCUUUGUCUGCGGAAGAAGCUGCCCUCCUCGACCACUGUAAGACUUACGGUCUACCAAAACCUGGCACUCCAAAGCCAAUACCUGAAGAUUUGAGGAGAGGUUGGUGGAGGAUAUCUAUGGACAAAAUGAAAGAAGUUGCAGCCAGGCUAGAGCCACGUGGUGUAAGGGAGCGCGAAUUCAUGGCCAGCAUCACUAGGAUGCGAACAGAACAUGCUUGGGAUUCAACUCUGAAGGUUUGUACUACUUGCGGAGAUCCCCGGAAAUGCAACUUCAAAAUCAAAGACGGAGACGAUGGUAAAGUACCAGAACCCGACGCUCCCGAUUCUUGGAACAGAGAAGUGGCAUUAAGGGUCGAUCUAGCAGCCUUGGUUGCUGUUGAAGCACUUGAAGAAAAGGUGGCUUCGGCUAGCAUGCAAUUGAAGGGCUGGAAAGUUCCUGCUAAGUCCUCAACAAGUGAUACCCAUUUCAUUGCGGCUUGCGAAGCAACAGAUUCAUCUGUGAAUCCUAUCCAGGUUGCAAAAGAAAGGCUCAGCAACCUUUUUGAGGCUAUUGAAAGGCGCUAUCUCAAACCUCCACUUGGGCAAAACAUUGGUGAUCUUAAACUCAGUAGUAGUUGCAACCCUUCGGAAGAUGGAGGCCCCUCGAACGAGAGCAAGGGGCUGACUGUUUGGCGAGAGGCGCUGAGCAAGUCACAGACCGCGGCUCAGCUGUCGAUGGUGCUGCACGCCCUCGAGGCUAGCAUUGCUUGGGACAAGUCGAUCAUGAAAGCAGUGAGUCCAACUCCACAAAAUGCCCAGACUAACUGUCAGUUUUGCCAUUCGGGUGAUAAUGAGGACAAACUUCUUCUCUGCGAUGGCUGUGAUAAAGGCUAUCAUACUUACUGUUUUAAGCCAAAAAUGGAAAAUAUUCCAGAAGGAGAUUGGUUCUGUCACCAAUGUCUUAACAAAGCAAAGGGUGAGAAGAACUGCGUGGUUUGUGGGAAAAAGGUUGGCAGAAAUUUACUUAUUUGUGAAAUGUGUCCGAUAGCUUUCCAUACGGACUGCAUGACUCCUCCGCUUUCCAAAAUGCCUCGGGGUAAAUGGUACUGCAGCAAUUGUGCUGCUAAACAUCCUAAAAGGAAAACUACAAGAAGAUCUCAGACACAAUCUCUCAGUCCAAUCAAAUCAGAAGAAAUAACUAAUUCAACUGAAAAUUUACUUGUCCCUACUGAGGAAGACUCUCCAACAAAGAGGGACAAUAAAACUGGGAAAAGGCUCAACAAAGAAUUAGCACCUUGCAAAACUAUAUUAGACGAUCUUGAAUCACACGAGGAUGCUUGGCCUUUCUUGAUCGCUGUCAAUACUAAACAAUUCCCUACGUACCGAAAGAUCAUUAGGAAUCCGAUGGAUCUCCAAACCAUUUCCAAGAGGCUUUCUCAUAACGAAUACAAAUCAAGAGAAGACUUUGUGUCUGACGUUCGAUUGAUAUUUGACAAUUGUGAAACAUUCAACGAAGACAACUCGCCAGUCGGGAAGGCUGGUCAUGCUCUCAGAUUGUACUUUGAGACAAAAUGGGCCGAACUGACCAAUUCAAAACAAGUAUAACUGUGAUCCUAAAUUUAUCAGACUCCCCUGAAGAUGUAUUGUUGUUUGCUCACAUACAUUUAAAAACAAUGUAAAGAAAUGUGCUCGUUCAAAGUUGUAGUUCUUUUCAUUGACAUUUGAAAUAUUUGUAAAUAAAUUUGUACAUUAAUAGUUUGUGAACUAGGAAAAUGCAAGUUCGAAUAUAUAUUUUUUUUUUUCGAACAGUAUUAAUUUUUUUGAAGCUGUAAAUGUGUACUACGUUAUUGGAAUAUUUCUUCUAAAAAUUUAUUUCCAAUUUUAUUGUAGAAUUAUUGGUAUUUCGUGACUCGCCUUUGAGUUGUAGAAUUAAUCUCAUUCCAUUUUAGUACGUGGUCUGUGCUAAUUAAUAAUAAAAUUUAAAAAAAUAAGUAAUUGGAAAUUUAUUAAAGCUGUCAGCAUUACAUAAGGUUUAAAAUUUAAUCGAUGUUAAUCACUUUGUAAUUGGAUGUUUGAUUUGUAAUAUUCACGUUUAAAAAGUUUGUGAUCACGUGGGUGUAGCUUUUUUAUAAAUCUGCCAAAUUUUAGGUCAUUUGAGAAGGUUUUGUUUGUUUUUAAUUUUUAUUUUUUUUUAUAAGGGCUGCUAUCCAUUCCAUUCCUUUCAAGUUUUUCUUAUAUUACUUUUUAAGGACUUUUAAUUCUUUAUUAAAAUUUUAUAUAGUUAUUUGUUUUAUUUUAAGUAUUGCCAAAGUGUAUUUUAGUUUUUUUUUUUUUUGUUUUUUUUUAAUCGAAAUUGUCAUUGAAAAUAAAGCUGAUAUUUUUGAGUCUAAUCAAACUUUGUACAAUUGAAUAUGUUGUAAAUAUAAUUUAUUUUUAAUCUUAUAAGAACUGACUUAGUUAUUUAAUAUCGUAUUGAAUAUAUUUAUUACUUUUGUAUUUGCUUUUUAUAGUCGCAAAAGGAAGCAACGCUGUUUCUUAAAAGUUAAUAGAAUUUUUUUUUUUUUCGUUAAUGUAAAUUUCUUAUGAUUGUAUGUAUAUGAACAGGUUCCAAGACCUACUGUAUUUUUUCAUUGUAUAUAGUGGGUACUACCUCUGUGCAAGUUACGUGCCUCUAGUUUUAAAUAAAUAAUAAUGCAUUUAAAUAUAUCUUAUACGACGAGGCGGUCCGUCCAGAACUUAAUUAACUAUAUUUCUCCAAUUUUAUUUCAUUUUAUUUUUAUUUUUCUUCUUCAGUUUAUAAAAACACCAGAAAUUAAUUAAUGUUGUCAUUUAAGUUCUUUACGGACCGAUUUACAAUGAAACAGGUAUUAGAAUGUUAGUGUUUUCUUGGUUUUAAGAAUUGAAUACUUAUAGUUACUGUAUUUUGGGCAUAAGAACUUAAAAAAAAAAAAUUCAAAAUCUGUUUAAAUGUAUUAAAUGUGUACAAGUAUUUUAGAGCAAAUAGUCUGCAAACUGUCUUUCUACCAUCAUGUGUUGAUACGGAAUGUAUGAAAAAGGCCUAUUUUUUUAUUUCAUGUAUAAAAAAAUUAUAUUUCUUUUUUAAAAGUUUAAUUGCAGUUAUUACUGAGGGAUAUUAUGAGUAUUCCAUGUUGUACCGACAAUAUUUCUCUCAUUUUUUCAUAGAUAAUAGUUGUCAUGUUUAGCGUUAGGCACUUUACGUAUAUAUAAAAAAUAAAAAAAAUAAUGUGAUCGUUGAAAACAAUGAAUUUAAUUUUAAGUGGAUAUUAACAAGUAUAAAUUAUCAUAAAAUCCCUCUUGUUUUAUAUGAAUCUAUAUGUGUAUAAGAAACUAUAAGUAUUAUAUGACGUUUAUGAAUAUUGUUAAAUAUAAAACAGAUUGAGUUGUCUUUACUAUAGUGUGUGUCUACUUGGAAAUACCGUUUGUAGUUCUGAAAUAAUAGUAAACACAGUUUCUAUUAUUAAAAUGUGUAAAUGUUUUAAAAGUCCAUAUUAUGUUUGUAAAAUAACAUUGUAAUUGAUAUAAAGAAAAUGUAAUAAUGUUAAAUGUUAUUUUCUUGUUUGUUACCUUC